UACACCCAGAAUUUGAAUUGGGCCUCUUCCAAUAGCACCUUGAAUCUCCGUUGUCUUCUCAAUUACAUCUUCGCUGCUGCUCUAAGUUCAUGCAUUGUUGCUGAUGGCCGGACGCAAUCGUCUCCCUCCCAAUGCCUUCAAACAACGCCAACCUCCAAUUGACGAUUCUCGCUUCCUCGGUAACCGCCUGCCUUUCUCCGUCGUUGGAAAUCCCACCACCGUCCGGGCCCAUCAUCCAUCAACCAUCCUCGAAGACCGCAUUGCUAUUCAACACCGGGAGAUCCAAUCCCUCCUCCUUGACAACCAACAACUUGCAGUCACUCAUGUCGCUUUGAAACAAGAGCUUGCUCUCGCUCAAGAUGAGCUUCGACGCUUAUCAGCUGCCGCGGCUGAUGUAAAGGCCGAGAGAGAUGAUCAGGUGCGGAAGGUUUAUGGGAGAUCGUUGCAAAUGGACUCGGAGGUGCGCUCAAUUGAUGCAUUGAGAGUGGAGCUUGCUCAGGUAAGGAUGGAUGUAGAGAAGCUUGCGGUGCACCGUCAGGAGCUUACUGCGGAGUUGCGGGCGAUUAAUAGUGAUCUUCUUAAGGCAAGAACGGAGGCGCAACAGGUUUCUGUGAUUAAGGCAGAGAUUGAGACCAUGCAACAAGAGAUUCAAAGAGGAAGGGCUGCAAUUGAAUAUGAGAAGAAGACAUAUGCUAGUAAUCUUGAGCAUGGAAAGACAAUGGAGCAAAAUAUGCUUGCAGUAGCUCGUGAAAUUGAAAAACUUCAGGCUGAACUGUCUAGUAUGGAGAAAAGAGCAAGAGCAGCUGCGGCAGUAAAUCCAACUCCAGGAUAUGCUGGAACCUAUAGCAAUUCUGAAGCUGCUUAUGGAGGAAAUCCAUGUCCUGAUCCUUAUGUUAUGCAUCAGGUUCAAGGUGGUAAUGAUGGAGGGCCCCCAUUUGUGUCUGGAUGAUUUCCUAACAGUCUUUGUGAUGUGCAAUGAACACUAGCAUAUAGAGAGCCCGAGUUGCACAAAGUUCAGUCAAGUCAAAACACAUACUUGGGUCUGACCUCUAAAUGAGGCAUCUUUUGAUGGUGACAAUACAGGUACAUCCCCAUCUCAAAAGUUUGCAAUCAGGAACUGCAAUUUUGGCAUCUUGUUUUUUUUUUUUUUCACCUCUGUUGUAACAAUGAAUCAAUCAACGGUUGCUUUUAAAAACUCCGCCAAGAGUUGCCUCAACCAUGCAGGGUCGCCCAUUUGAUAAGUUAAAUACCCUUUGUGUUGCUUUGGUUGGUGCACAAGUCUUGGUGUGGAGCCCCCAAGUCUGAAGGCAAAAUUAAAAUAUCAAUAACAUAAUAGUUUUAAGUUUUUAGAAUCAAA